AUGCCGCAAGACACGUACUUUCGCCGUGCCAUCAAUUGGAUGUACGGGGACGAUGCCUACCUUCAAAAUAUGCCAACGAAGGACCUGGGCAACAAGCACAUUAACGAGCUUCUCGGCCGGCACCCCUACCACCCGUACGAUCCUGAUAUGAAGGCCGACAACCCCUGUUACCAAUUCAACGCACUCUUUCACGAAUGCAUGGAGGCGGAUCACGUGGAGGGGUACGAACUUUAUCAGAAGCAUGUGGCCUGCUACUUCCCGUACAAGGUAGAUUUGAUGAAGUGUAUUGCCCAGGAGAAGCGGCGCCAUCGCAUGGAGGUGGACGUUCUAGAGAAAGGUCCGAAAAGCUGA